AUGUUGAAUCUACUCUAUAAUAGUCCGGCCCAGUCUAAGCCGAAGCGCGCAAUCAAUCCCUUCUUGCUAUUCCUUGUGACCGAAAAAGUCAAGUUAGAACUUGGGCCAAAGGGGGCAGGCAUAUAUGCUGUGCAAUCCAAUCCAAUAUGGACUGGAUCCGUUGAUUUGACCACAGAGAAAAUGGAACGGGCAAGUAUGUAG